AUGACAGCAGAAGACAAACCAUUUGGCAUGCUACAGUCGGGUGAUGACCAGGUCUCCUCCAGCACAGACAUGGAGGAGCUCAAAUUGCCAAAAAGAAGUUUUAAAAAGCAGCAACAGAACUGCAGGAAUAAUUAUGGAACUCCUGAGACUGGCCUUAUUUUCCUGCCUUUUUUCGGGGGGUGUGUGUGUGUGUAUGGUGUGGGGGUCGCCCAGCACAAGGAAAAUUGGGUGAUCCAAGUGUCAAGGAUUAAUUUUGUCAUUUUAAGAUGUUACUACAACAUGACAUUGUUGGCUCUGAAAACAUCAAAGCCAGAGAAAGAAAAGCAGAUCGAUCCCAAAUUCCUCGAAAUAGAGAAACGAAAGGACCAGGGCUUGGAGCCCCCCCUUGCCCCGAUUGCUAUGAGAGUUAGCUUUUUUGGAAGGGUGGAACGAAGUCGUCCUUCAGAGCUGUCCUAUUUGCCGUCCCAGCAAAUCCAGCAAAGGAUUAUAGUCCCACCGCUCCGAGCCGCUUCUGCCCUCCCGGGGCCCAAGUGGUGCCCUGUCCCAUCCCGGCGCGGGGCCCCCCCGGCGCGAGGUCUCCCCGGAGGUCUCCCCGGAGGCGGCCGAGCGACGAUGCUGCCCCGCUGGGUGUCCUCCUCGGGCCCGGGCCCCGGCCCCGGCCCCGGCCCCGGCGCUGCCCCCGCGGGGGCCCGCUGGGCGCUGGUGGGCGCCUCUUCGGCGCUGCUCGACCUGCCGGCCGCCCCGGGCUUCGGGACCUUGGGCAAGAGCUUCCUCAUCGACAACUUGCUGCGGGCCGGCGGCGGGGCUGCCCCCGCGCCCGCCGCGCCCCCCCGUGCCCCCCGUGCCCCCCGUGCCCACCGCAGGCCCCUCGGGGAGCCCGCCCUUCGCCGCCCGCUGGGCUCUGCAUCUGCUGCCCGCCCCCGGGGCCAGCGGGAGGCUCUCCGAUGGGCAUCGCACCCCCUCGGGUGGGCAUCGCACCCCCCCGGAUGGGCAUCGCACCCCCCCGGAUGGGCAUCGCACCCCAGACGGGCACCGACCCGGCGGCUUCCUCCUGCAGCCCCAGCUCCUUCCAAACCUUUUUUUCUGAGAGCCCUGCCAUUCUACUCAGCAUGCUGCCGUGGGUUCUGUCAGCGCCUUGCCUCCCCCACUGCUUUUCCAAGGGAAGAGAGCAUGCUGCCUCUCCUGACACCAGACUCUACAUCCAAAGCACGAAGGGGGAUUUUAAGAAGAGCUGUCUUUUCUGAAGACCAGAGAAAAGCCCUGGAGAAAAUGUUUCAGAAGCAGAAGUAUAUAAGCAAAACAGACCGAAAGAAAUUGGCCAUCACUUUGGGAUUGAAGGAGUCGCAGGUGAAAAUUUGGUUUCAAAACAGACGGAUGAAAUGGCGAAACUCCAAAGAGAAAGAAGUGCUUUCCAAUAAAUGUAUCCAGGAAGAAGGCCUUCAAGAGAAACAUGUCUCAAGGUCUGCCUUGAGUUUUACCUCUCCGUGCCCAACAGUAUGGGAAGUGUCUCAACAAGAGUCAAAUUCAAAAUGGAGGGAGAAUUCACCAGAAACUUCAGAAAGACUGAAUCUCGAGGAUUCAAUGCAGCCCUCUCGACAAGAAAACUCACUUCAAAGUGCUUUAUAUCUGUACUCUGAAGAGGGCACUGGAGACAAGGGAAUUACUACAGCCAUUUAAAAGAAUAACAAAGUUCUGUACUUUGCUUAAAGUAUACAGACUUGAAGUGGGUACUCUUCUCAAACUAACAAUGUUGCAGCACUCUAAAUAAAAUUAUUUUGUUUGUUUAAAACCUAACACCAUUAAAAUGAUACAGGAACUAAUGCGUUAAGAACAUUCGUUAGCAUUCAUUUUAUCCAUUUUUCUUCCGGUCUCGACCUGAAUUUUUAACUGAAAUUGAAACUGUUCGGAACAAUAAAUGAAGUGA